CAAAAGCCGUAGGCAUCCCUCAGCGUGAGGCACGGCAGAGCACGUAGCACGUGGUGGCCAUUCCAGGAGCGGCUAGCGUCAGAUUCGUGGCGGGGCCCAAACAUGAAGGUGGAAAUCCAAAACUUGACCGCCGCCGACCCCUCGCUCUUAAACAAUCACUUUCUCCCAAACAACCAAACACACACUGUAACUCCACCGUCACAGUUGUUCUCACUUACCUCUCCCAGACCCCACCAGACCCCAACAACCUCACACACAAAACAUGGCCGACGCCGUAAAGCCCGACCCCGCCGGCGCCGCUCCUGGCGCAAAGCUCGCCGAGGACGAGACCAAGAAGGUCACCACCGACGUGACGGAGGCUCCCAAGGCCGAGGGCACUUCUGCAUCCACCGUCACCGAGACCGUCUCGAGCGCAGCCACCACUGCGGCGGAAACCGUCAAGGACAAUGUCUUCUCCAUGUUCGGCGGAGGCCCCAAGAAGGAGAAGAAGGCCGAGGAGGAGGAUGACACAAACGAGCCAUCCGGAGCCACAAAGAAGGCCGACGUAAGUCUACGUCCCUAAACAUAACCUGCAAACACACGAGAAACAAGUAACUUACAAUUUCGUAACAGGA